AUGAAGGUGAAACUCUACAACGGAUAUGGCUGGAAGAGUUUGGGUCCGGGGAGAGCUCCACUUCGGUGUCCAAAAAAAACUGGAUUCAUUGUACUGCUCACAUCAGUGUUCUUAUUGACAACCAUAACUUACAUCUCUGAAUACCUUCUGAAGACCGCUGUGUUCCCUGACACCUUGUAUAAAAAAGUGCUAAAUCAGAUACACUCCUAUUAUGUGGUGCCUGAGUUCCUGUCAGCCAGUGGAAAUCAAAACAUUUUAGCACCCGACGGUGUUCAAAACAGCCCUACACAAAUUCCUAUAAAAACCACAGACAUUCCUAUCUAUCACCAUGUGGCUCAUCCAAGUAACUAUCAUUUCAUCCUGAACGAACCCGAUAAAUGUAGUCAGUGGGAUCCGUUCCUGGUCUUUAUGGUCCCCGUGGCACCUCAUGACGUAGCUGCUCGUAACGCCAUCCGGAGCACAUGGGGGAACGAGAGCUCAGUGCAGGGAAAAGCAGUGCUGACUCUGUUCUUGGUGGGUUUGUCUGGAGGAGCUGAAGCUCAACAGCAGCUGAAGGAAGAGAGUCGACAACACAGAGAUCUACUGCAGAGCGACUUUGUGGACUCCUACUUCAACCUGACCAUAAAGACCAUGGUGAUCAUGGACUGGUUGGCCACUCGCUGCCCUCAAGCAACUUAUGCUAUGAAGGUUGAUUCUGACAUGUUCAUAAACCCGGAGAACUUGAUGAGCCUUUUAUUGUCACCCAACACACCCAGAGAGAACUACAUCACAGGAUAUUUGAUGCUGGACCGGCCUGUCGUCAGAGACAAAAGCUCGAAAUGGUACGUGGCAGAGGAAUUGUACCCUGAACAAAAAUACCCCACCUACCUGCAGGGAAUGGGAUAUGUUUUCUCCAAUGACCUGCCUGAAAAAAUUGUGGAAAUUUCCAAGGAAGUAAAGCCCUUUAACAUAGAAGACGCAUAUGUGGGUGCUUGUCUGAAACAAUUAGGUGUUGCACCUUUGUCUCCCCCAGACCCUUCACAGUUUAGAGACUAUAUGUGGCAAUAUAAUCGAGAAGAUUUCCUUAAAGUCAUUACAACAAUCUUGAGAUCCCCGCAGCAGCUAAUAGAUAUUUGGAAGGAUGUAAAGAGUCCCAUAAAACAAAUAAAAUUGGAAUAGAUUUGUGGUUGUCUUUAUUUAUUUUAUAAAAGACUGUAUAGAUCAUACAGUAAAUAGUUACAAAUGUACAUUUUUAAUUUUUUUUUCUUUAUUUUGCAUUACAUUUAGAAUUUAAGAUUUUUGAAACAAAAUGUUAUUAUUUUGGAUAACAUUUCUGUUCAAAUGUUGUC